AUGAACAGCGAAGGGGCGUCUCCGUGCGUCUUUACUCCAAGCGGAGGGAGAAGUUUGGGAGCCAGUGCGCACGCUGCUGCUGCUGUGGAAGAAUGCUGCACCUUGGCUCACGCAGUCCCGGGGAACUCUCCACACUCACGCCGUGGAUUUUAUAACAAACCGCUUGGAAUCAGUCACAGUUUUGAUUUCCCUUCUGCGCAAAUGGCGUGGAUCCGCUCCGUGCCCUGGACUGCUCUGUGCGCGCUGCUGCUGUAUCUGUGGACAGGUGAUGCAGGCGCGCAGGGCUUUGACAGCUACGGACUGUCGUUACGCACGGACGUGACAGAGGACACUAUCCUGGUGGCGAAUAACGGAUUACGCGCGCCGUUCGGGAGGUCCGUCUACAUCGAUCCCAUCAACGAUCUGGUGAUUCAAGUUCAGCCCGGAGACAGAUGCAGCGUGACAGUGUUGGACAGUGACCCACUGUCUCAGAGACCUGGGCACCUGUCUCCAAAAAAGUUUCCCUGUGAAUUUGGACCGAACGAUGUCAAAUAUUCUCACUUUGGAUCCAGAAGUCCCCCCAGGGAUAGAAUAAGAUUACAGCUCAGGUAUGGAAAACUCGUGGGAGAGGACAGCCUGGGAAGCUUGGUGAACUGUGAUGAUUUUAUUAACGCGAAUGUCCGAUAUCAGCACACUUUCGCUUUGAAGUCUCCCAAUAGAGAUUACAUUCCCAUGCUUUUGGAGCUUUCUGAUAAGGAAGGCAAUUUGCUCAAGCAGGAGUUCUUCCAAAUUCUGGUGCGGAUUAAAGAGGGGAUGGAUAAUACGGCUCCUAAACCCAGCUUUGUGGCUAUGAUGAUGAUGGAAGUGGACCAGUUUGUUAUGACGGCCAUCACCACGGACAUGCUAGCCGCAGAGGACAUAGAAUCUAAUCCGGAUGAAUUAAUUUUUAACAUAACAUCGCCUUUGUCUUUCGAAGAGGGCUACAUCGUGAGCACGGACGAUCGGAAUUUACCAAUAACCUCGUUCUACCAAGGAGACUUGAAAGACUUGAAAAUCGCCUACAAGCCUCCUGCGGUGGACUCGGAGGCGGAGCGGAUUUUCCAGAUUGAGCUGGAGGUGGUGGACACGGAAGGCGCGGUGUCGGACCCUUUCGCUUUCAUGAUCGUGGUGAAGCCCAUGAACACCUUGGCGCCGGUGGUGACGAGAAACACAGGGCAGUUACUGUACGAAGGCCAGUCCCGUCCGCUUUCCAGUCUGCAGAAUUUGGAGAUUAGCGAUGAGGAUAACUUGGAGAAUGUUAGAAUUACUGUAGUUGCGGGUUUGAGGCAUGGGCUUUUAACGGUUCCCGGGUCUAUACGGAAGUUUUUCACUCCAGCCGAUCUUGACGCAGGGGUUGUUAUCUACCAGCAUGACGGUAGCGAUACGUACAGCGAUAACAUCAUAUUCCGAAUGACAGACGGCACUAACGAAGUAGAAUUUUUGUUUCCAAUUACCGUCGUGCCAACCGAUGACGAGCCACCGAUUAUAAACGCAAACACCGGGGUCCAGGACGAUAACGAUCCCCCGAACCAGUCCGAGCAAAGUUCAUUUAUCAUCAAAAUCAUUCCCAUUGACGAUUUGCCGCCCGAGCUGUUCCCGGGGACCACUUUGCAAAUGACCGUGCACGAGUACCAGCUCACGCAUUUCCGCAAAAAAAUCUUGCGUUACAGCGAUUUGGAUUCUGAGGAUCGCGAUCUUAAAUACACAAUCGUUCAACCUCCGACCGACACGGACGAGAAUAACCCCAUUGUGUUGGGGACUUUAGUUUUGACAGAACAGCCCGACAUUGAAGUGAUAACAUUUACACAGGCGCAAAUCAACCACCACAAAAUUGCGUACAAGCCGCCGGAUUUAGAGCUCGGAAUUACCACGCAUAUUUUGCAGUUUAACCAAGCUCCCGAAGUGUUUGUCGGUGAACGCUUUUCUGUUAUCGAGGGUGAGAAAAGUCCAAUCGAAAGCGUUCACAUAAGCGCCAACGAUGUGGACACUCUCAUUGGCGAUCUUCUUUGCACUAUCAUAGUCCAGCCAACGUCGGGUUACGUUGAGAACAUCUCGCCAGCCCCCGGGUCUGAGAAAUCCAGAUCAGGCACAGCCAUUAGCGCCUUCACCAUCAAGGACAUCAAGCAGAAUCAAAUCUACUACGUCCAAAGCCUCCACAAAGGUUCUGAGCCAGUGGAGGACCGGUUCACUUUCAGAUGCUCCGAUGGAAUCAAUUUUUCCGAGAGACACUUUUUCCCCAUUUCUAUAAUUCCUUCCAAUGAUGAGAAGCCGGAGAUUUACAUGAGAGAGUUUGUAGUGAUGGAGGGCAUGAAUAUAGUCAUCGACACUCCCAUUCUGAACGGGGCCGACACGGAUCUACCAUCGGAUCAUCUCACUUUUAUUAUCAGCAAACCCCCCAAGCACGGAUUUAUUUUCAAUCAGCUCACCACCGGCACCGUUCCCGUAUUUAACUUCACCUUGGAGGAGAUAAGAGAGGCUUCUAGUAUUGUGUACGAGCACGAUGACUCAGAAACCACCCAGGACAGCUUUGAUUUAAUUCUCACAGAUGGGAAGUUUAGUGUCGAAAGGACUGUCAUCGUCAUGGUGAUCCCCGUGGAUGACGAAACCCCGAGAAUGGCCAUCAACGACGGGCUCGAAGUGGAUAUAGGAGACGUAAAAGUCAUCACCAAGAGCGUUUUAAAAGCCACUGACCUUGAUUCCGAAGACAGCACUUUGACUUAUAUUAUCCGCUACGGACCUGGGCAGGGAUUUUUGCAAAAAACAACACAGUACGGAACUUUUCAAAAUCUCACGGUCGGAAUGAACUUCACGCAGAAUGAAAUAGACCUGGGCGCGAUUGUUUACAUUCAUAACGGACAGGAGGGGAUUCGAGAUUUGAUCAAAUUUGAUGUGACAGAUGGAUUAAACCCUUUGAUUGACAGGUACUUUUACGUCACAGUGGGCGGCAUUGACAUGGUGUUUCCAGAUGUGGUCAGUAAAGGCGUCUCGCUAAAGGAAGGCGGAAGAGUGACGCUAACGACCAAUCUGCUCAGCACUACGGAUAUGAAUAGCCCGGACGAACAUUUAAUUUUCACCAUCACCAGAGCGCCAAUCAGGGGGCACUUGGAAUGCACGGAUAAGCCGGGAAUGCCGAUAUCGUCUUUCACGCAACUCCAGAUUGCCGGAAACAAAAUCUACUACAUCCACACGGCUGACGACGAGGUGAAAAUGGAUAGUUUUGAGUUUGAAGUCACGGACGGCUAUAAUCCCAUUUUCAGAACGUUCCGUAUUUCCAUCACCGACGUAGACAACAAAAAGCCGGUGGUAACAAUACACGGCUUGGUUGUGACGGAGGGCGAAAACAAGCUAAUAACGCCGUUCGAGCUAACAGUCGAAGAUAGAGACACUGCCGAUCGGCUUUUGAAAUUUACCGUAACCCAAGUCCCAGUUCACGGAAAGAUACUUUUUAACAACACAAGGCCGGUCAACGCUUUCACCAAACAAGACCUGAACGAGAAUAUGAUCAGCUACAAACACGACGGCACGGAAAACGCGGAAGAUAGCUUCUCGUUCACGGUUACAGACGGCACCCACACCGAUUUCUACGUCUUUCCCGACACCGUGUUCGAAACCCGUAAGCCGCAAGCGAUGAAGAUUACGGUGUUGUCGGUGGAUAACGGCGUUCCGCAGAUCGUGGUGAAUAAAGGCGCGACCACACUUCGGGUUCUGGACGGCGGACAUGUUGGGUUCGUCUUCACCGGUAAAACUCUGAAAGCGGAGGAUAGAGACAGCUCCAUGAACACGGUGGUUUUCAGAGUGACCACGCCGCCGCUGCACGGUUACAUCAUCAACCACGGGAAAGGGAACGCCACGAUCUCCAGCUUCACACAAGCCGACAUCGACGACAUGAGCGUCUGCUACGUCCUGAAACACGGAGACAACUCCACCAGUGACAUGUUCUCCUUCUCCAUCCAGGACAGAGUGAGUUAUUGA